CCUCGGUUACUGGGAGCAACACAGACGCGUCGAGUUACAGGCGCCCUCGGCCUGGCCCGGCCAGAGCGGAGCCGCGGCCAUGGAGCGCUCCCUGCACCGCGUCUCUCUCGGGAGCCGGCGCGCCCAGCCGGGCUUGUCCUUCUACCUCACCACCUUUGGUCAGUUGAAGCUGUCCGUUGAUGCCCAGGACCGGGUUCUGCUUCUCCACAUCAUAGAAGGCAAAGGCCUGAUGAGCAAGGAACCCGGCGUCUGUGAUUCCUACGUGAAGAUUUCUUUGAUCCCUGAAGAUAAUCGACUGUGCCGCCAGAAGACACAGACCGUUCCGGACUGCAGAGAUCCUGUCUUCCAUGAGCACUUCUUCUUUCCUGUCCAAGAGGAAGACGAACAGAAGCGCCUCCUGGUCGCUGUGUGGAACAGGGCAGGUGACUCCAGACAGAGUGGACUUAUCGGCUGCAUGAGCUUCGGGGUGAAGUCCCUCCUGACUCCGGACAAGGAGAUCAAUGGCUGGUACUACCUGCUGGGGGAGGACCUGGGCCGGACCAAACACCUGAAGGUGGCCAGGCGGAGACUGCGGCCCCUGAAAGAACCGUUGUUGAGCAUGCCGGGAGGUGAGGAUGCCGAGAACGGGGAGAAACUCAAGAUCACCAUCCCACGGGGGAAGGACGGCUUUGGCUUCACCAUCUGCUGUGACUCUCCGGUCCGAGUCCAGGCUGUGGAUUCCGGGGGCCCGGCGGAGCGGGCAGGGCUGCAGCAGUUGGACACGGUGCUUCGGCUGAACGAGAGGCCCGUGGAGCACUGGAAAUGCGUGGAGCUGGCCCACGAGAUCCGGAGCUGCCCCAGCGAGAUCAUCCUGCUUGUAUGGCGCAUGGUCCCCCAGGUCAAGCCCGGGCCAGACGGAGGGGUCCUGCGACGGGCCUCCUGCAAGUCGACCCUCGACCUCCUGUCACCCCCCAAUAAGCGGGAGAAGAACUGCACGCACGGGGCCCAGGCCCGGCCGGAGCACCGCCAUAGCUGUCACCUGGUAUGUGACAGCGCGGACGGGCUGCUGCUCGGCGGCUGGGAGCGCUACACGGAGCUGACCAAGCGCGGGAGCCAGCACACCCUGCCCGCGCUGUCCCGCGCCACGGCCCCCACCGACCCCAACUACAUCAUCCUGGCCCCGCUGAGCCCCGGGAGCCAGCUCCUGCGGCCUGUGUACCAGGAGGACGCCAUCCCCGAAGAAUCAGGGAGUCCCAGUAAAGGGAAGUCUUACACGGGCCUGGGGAAGAAGUGUCGGCUGAUGAAGACGGUGCAGACCAUGAAGGGCCACGGGAACUACCAGAACUGCCCCGUCAUGAGGCCGCACACCCCGCACUCAAGCUACGGCACCUACGUCACCCUGGCCCCCAAGGUCCUGGUGUUCCCCGUCUUUGUCCAGCCUUUAGAUCUCUGUAACCCCGCCCGGACCCUCCUGUUGUCGGAGGAGCUGCUGUUGUACGAGGGGCGAAACAAGGCUGCCGAGGUGACGCUGUUUGCCUACUCAGACCUGCUGCUCUUCACCAAGGAGGAUGAGCCGGGCCGCUGCAACGUCCUAAGGAACCCUCUCUACCUCCAGAGCGUGAAGCUGCAGGAAGGUUCUUCAGAAGACCUGAAAUUCUGUGUGCUGUAUCUCGCAGAGAAGGCAGAGUGCUUAUUCACUUUGGAAGCGCACUCGCAGGAGCAGAAGAAGAGAGUGUGCUGGUGCCUGUCGGAGAACAUCGCGAAGCAGCAGCAGCUGGCGGCUCCAUCCCCCAACAGCAAGAAACUCCACCCUUAUGGCUCUCUCCAGCAGGAGAUGGGGCUGGCCAACUCAACCAAUGCUACCCAGGAUAGAAGCUUUACCUCAUCAGAACAGACUCUGAUUGGCUGAGCAAACCCAAGGGCGGGACUCUGCUUCUGGCAACUUAACCCUUUCUUGGGCAUCCCCUACCACAGAGUAACCUCACCUCAACUGGACCCAAACCGGAGGACCAAGAUGUUGGGCCUAGGGUCAUCUGAAGGGAGUGGCCCCACGGGUGUGUGUGGACUGGCAUCAGAAGGACCGCAGUGGUGUCUGAGGCCCUGUGGGCAGAUGCAGACUGGAUCUGAAAGUCCCAAAUGGAGAAGAACCAGAAGCUUAUUCCCUACAAGGAAGAAGGAGGUGAAAUAGCGUGUGGGCUUCCGGUGGUUCCAGCACCUGCCUUGGGGGCAGGGGGAGAGGUCGGGAGAGGUCAGCGCUGACGGAGAACAACGCCAAGAUAGAUGCCCGGCUGCCAGAAGAUAUCUCCACCCCUUCUCUCAUUUGUCAUCUGUACUCAAGCAUUCAUUCUUUCACUCGUCGGAUAUUUUGAGGGCAUGUGCUUUAUGCCAGACUCUGUGCUAGGAGCCUGAGAUAACUGUGGAGAGUGAGACGGAUGUGGUCUCUGCUCUCAUCUUAGUAGAGGAGUGAGCAUUACAUAAAUGUUAACACACACACGCUUGCACACAUGGUUACAAACUGUGAUAGUCUAUGAAGGAAAAGAAAGGAUUCUUUCAAGAGAGAAUGUUGUGUAGAUUGCUGUAGGGGUGGGGGAGGGGCAGGGGACAAGCCUGACUUUGAAGCCACGACCUGGAGGCCAGAAAGGAGUUAGCCAGUCAAGGACUCUGGAAGGAAUGUUCCAGGCGGACCGGAACAGCUUGUGAAGGGUGCCUGAGAUAGGAUAGGGGUGCGGCGUGCUGGAGGGACAGAGGCCAGGCCGCUGGAGCUUGAGUUUAGGUGGGGGGAGAGACCACCGGGGUGGGGCCAGGUGGUUCAGGCCUGUGGUGGUUCUUGUUGUCCUGAGAGUUCGGGUCUGGGCACAGUGGGAAGCCACUGAAGGCUUUUGAGAAAGGGAAUCACAGGGUCUCGGGGACCAUUUCUAGAAGAUGGUAGAACCCAAGGCAGGGGGUUCCUUAAGUCCUGAAGGUGAGGGGCAAUGGUGACCUGCCCUGGAGGGGCGCUGGGGAGGUGGUUAUGUGGAUGUCCAGACCCUGGGGGUAGCGGAGGCUCGGAUAAGAGUCUCCUGUCCUCCACCCUUCUCAUCCUCAGCCAUGUCUGCUUUCAGUGGAUGCAAGUAAGGGUGAGGCCAUCCUCACAGAGCCCCUUCCUCGUGAGGCCUGGGUAGGGACCAGGGCCGAGUGCUGAGAAUGUCCCCGGGAGCUGGCAGUAGUGGGCGCUUCUCCUGGCCAAGUUGGGAGCAGUGGGGCUUCUCCAGGCCUCAGCAGGGGUGGCCUGUGCUGUCUGUCCAUCCGGUGCUGAAUGGUCUGAUAGGAAACUGGAAUUCAGCCCCUGGGAAGCUGACUGGGUUGCUUUCCGUGGAGCUUCCGAGACUCGGGGACUGGGGCUAAGUGUGGCUCAGCACCGCUAGGGGAGACCCAUCCUGCUGUGAGGCUGAUUGGUGACCUGCCAGGGGACAGCGCUGAGAGCUCAGCCUGCUCACUGCCUGCCGCACCUCCCGCUGUGGGCCGGCGCGGGGCAGCUUUCACACCCUUCUGUCCAGACAAAGCUCACACACAAAGGGCAUGUGUAGGAGCAGGGCCUUUUGCCUAGAAAGGAGGUCAGAGAGGCUGGGCUUCAGCUUAGGGAAGUCCCCUUGAACACUCGGCAUUGUGUCCUGUAAGAUCCUCUCUGUGUUCUAGAGAGGGGGAGGGAUCUUGUGCCCUGCUGAAUUUGCUUAGCUGCUUUGACUACCUGAACCUCAAGAAGGGUGGCCCAGUAGAGAAUUCUUCCCUUAGCCUCCCACAGCUGGCCCCAGCCUAGGAAAGAUCAGACAUGCGGUAUCAGUAAUCUAACAGGGGAUCAGCCCGGUGCCCCACCCAGCAGGGGAAUGGCCGGCCAGAGUGGGACAAGCAGUGUCUAUCAGCUGAGACUCCGCCUGCAGGGUUAAUUCUGAGAGGCCAAGCAGCUGGGUCUGCACAGACAGCAAGCCACAUCAUGUUUUCAUUUGAUUCCCUUACAAAAUGACAUUAAGGGGAGAGUGAGGCCCAGGAGAACCGCCUGUCUGGAAAGGCAGCCAGCUUUUCUCUUCUGGACCUGGGGACCUACCUCUGUCCACCACACAGGUGCAGAGGUUGGGAGCUCUGGUCUCAGGGCAACAGAGACUCUAAAUGCGGCACCUGGCCCUGGGGAUGGCGCUUUGCUCCGCUUGUCCCAACAAGCUGCUGCUGCUGCGGAUGCAGACAUCAGCUCCUGGAGGGCCCUUGUCUUCCCAGUGACUGUGGUGAGCCACAGCGCCAUUGCUGCUCUGCCUUUCAAAUCGAUGAGACAAUUAAUUUGGCUCCACGGGCUCGAGAAGAUGAAAUACAACCGGGUGGCCAUUGCUUCUCAGCCGCCCGGUCCAUCCCCAGCCGUCUAGGAUGAUGAAUGCAUCGAAAUUGCCUUCAAGAGCCAUAAUCACGGGAAACAUGGCCGAGCCCCUCCCUCCACACAAAUCACUCUAAGAAGCUCACACAAUGGUCUCUUUCCUGAUGGCCCAAUUGUCUUGCUGUGUGUCUGGGGACCUACGGGCUGGGAGCACGGGAGCACAACCAUUUAUUGUUGAAAAGGCCAUCUGUGCGAUUUGAAUACAAAGUGACUCUUUAAAUUCCCCGACCCACCCCCUGCACAUCCUUUGAUCCCAUUUUCUUGUUUUCUUUAUUGUCUCACGCUCUGGAUCUGUUGAAACUCCUGGUCUCUGCUGCCUGGGUCCUUUGGCAGUUUGGGAAUUGGGACCUGUUGGAAAUAAUGAAGACAUUUAUUUAUGUAUGACUUUUCAAAAAAAAUUCUUUAUUUUAAAUUCUUUUUCA